ACAACAAGAGUAUCAUCUAGUACCUAAGCUGACCUAAGCCGAAAAAGUCGUCGUCAGCCGCACAGGCUCCUCGUCUUCUUUUAAAAUGGAAAGAAUGGAUGCGUCAGACGAUCGAGUUCCUUGUAAAUACGGUCCAUUAUGUUACCAGAAAAACGAGGCCCAUCACAAAAAAUUCAAACAUGAGAAAAAGAAGUCACCAGAGAUAAGAACGUCCCCAGGAAGAAACGAAGCGGUUGAUGUUGAAAGCAGCAGCUGUCCGGAACUUGAAACAGACGCUGCAACAUGCUCUCCUCCAACAAAGAAGCAGAAAGUUGAGGAAUCUGAGAAGAAGGAUUCGGAGUUGGAAUUUGUUGGCAAGGAGGACGCAAAGAGAAUCAUCAAGAACAUGUUUCUUGUCGAAAUGCCAGACGAGUUUUAUGCCUUUUGGGAUGUGUGCCUGACUAUAAAUCCCAAGAAGCCUUUGGAGGCUUUCAAAGACUGCAAAUUUUCUCUAGUUGGACCAUUUGAAGUGUUGGCUGGGGUCCUGAAAGAAAAUGAGCACCAGGUACCUUACACCCUGACACACUGGCGGUAUUUCUAUGACCCUCCAGAAGUACAGACUCUGCUUCGUGGUGACGACCAGAAGCAGUUGCAUUGGGGCUACUACCGAGAUGACCCUAAUGAAAUGCCUUCAUAUGUUGUCUCAAAUGCUGCAGCUGAAGAUUGCAUCUUAAAGGACGCAGGGCUCAGUCUUUUUGCCACAGUUGACUUUUUGGUUGCUUCCUCUUUGAAAUCUGCUGAUCCAUUUUCAAAAGUGAAGAUUAUGAGGUUGCAGACGGCACUGCAAAAGAAGGCUAAGGAAGAGAAAAUUAACAUGCAUGACAAGUCUGAGUUCUUUGCCAGAAAACGUAAAAUUGUGUGUCCAGCAUUUCACAAGGGAGGCUUAGUAGUCAAGUGUGAUAAAAAAACAAAAGUGGGCUACCGCAAAAUGGAGACUGAAACCAAUUUGAAAAAGCUCUUGGACAAGGUGUGUGGAGCUGAAACGGAGGAGCGAAGGAACAAGGAGAUGGAGGCCCUGGACUCUUUGAUAACAUACGCCAACAUUGCCAAUGAUGAGUGUGACUUUGGUGGGCCACUUGAGCUAGGCAUCAACAUGUUCUGCCAUGGAAAUGAGUUGUUUCAUCCCCAAAUCAUGGGUGUGCUUGUGGCCACCUACCAACUGCUUGGCAGACCCCAGUACGCCGAAAUUUUAAAAGCGCACAUCAAAAGUGGCAGAAAGAAAGGGAGUGCUCUCAGUAUUGUUUGAAAAUUUGUAUUGUCAUCACAUGGAGGUGAAAAUUUUUGAGUCGGUCUUCAUGCUUGUUUUUCACAUUGUUUUUUGCCAUGGUUUAAAUAAAUGAUAACAUUUCAUAUUUA